UAGGUGCUUGCGCAGACCUAGCUACGCAGCGUCGGCUUCUAUCGUACAGCCUCGGGCGCCAAUCUACGUGCACAGCGUGGGCCUUUCUCAACGCGCCAACAUUGAUCACAGCAGUCCCGGGAAUGCCUUAAAUACGGCGCUUGCGAUGCUGUAGGUGAGUCAACUUGCUGUUCUUCCACAACCAUGUCGCAUCGAGGGAAUCGCGCCUACGACUACACUCUACAGCCUGAGCUGAACCUAAACUCUCUACAGCAGUACGGCUAUGCCUAUGACGCGGGGGCGCAGAGCGACACCAGCAGCCCCUACAGCACAUACGCACCCCUCGAACCUCAUCAUCCGGUGGCAAGCACGAGCUCGUCCCCAGUACACGGCUACGGUGUCACUCGCUCGCCACCCAGAGCGCGUCAAUACAUCCCACGACCCCUCGAUUGGCGGCCGGACUUCAUCGCCCAUGCAGGAGCGACAACGUCGCAGAAGGGGAGGAACAUAACGAUCACCCACGACCCGACGCCUAGGGAUCUACUAGACAUUCUUGCCCACAAGUUACCCCAUCCGCCCAUCUGUCAUGAUCUGCGUUUCCCUCCCAUGCACGCCCGAUGCAUACAGCUGUCUCGACCUACGCAGCUGGGUCCAUUGACGCCUAGCGACCUGAUGCGAUCCGCGACUCAGCCACCAGUGGCACAUAUGCGCCUCUACCACUAUCGUUUGCCGUGGUAUAUCGACAUCGUCGGGGCGGCGGGCAGAGCUGUCACCGUCCAUGAUGUUCUGACUCAGUUACACACUCAUCUGAGUGUUGCAUUGCGUGUGGAAGAUGUAGACAACGAAGAGCUAUGCGACGACGACCGAGAUGAUAUUCGCAGGGCUUGCUGGCGUCGUUGCGGCGCAAUGCAGCCAGACAAGUUGCGGCGUGUGGACUUUCUUUGCGAGCUCACCGUAUUCGAGGGCCUCAUGCGGAACGUUGAGGACGGGACUUGGGAAAUGGUUCUCCGGAGCCAGUAG